ACUUUCCUCUUCCGCGCGCUGCCCCUUUCCUGUAAACUGAUUGGUUCUUAAGGACAGAGGUUUGUGUAUAUGGUUGGGUGUUUGAGAUGUCAGUCCUGGUAAACUCGGUCCUUAUUGGCUAUACGUCUUUUAGUAAAUAACGAUCGACUCAAAAUAUGACGCUUUCUUCUGGUUUCAGUCGUUGCAGUGAUAAUAUUACAGUUUAAAAACUAUAUCGAAAAGUUAGAUCUCGGGAAACGACUGAUGAUCAACGGACCCGCUACUGUGGCUCUAGUGACUCUUCUGUGAACGACUUGUAGGGUACGAUUCACUGAUUCCGUGGUAACUUUUAUGUCCACAUGCCAAGUGGAGUGUAUUUAUAUGAAUGCAUUAGUAAAUGAGACAGUCACACAUGCAGACCCACCUCUAACGUGGGGUCAGAGAGCUCAAAUAGGACCAGACAUAAACCACUACCACACUAUAACAUCUUCUACACCUCCUGUUUUCUAGGUAUUAUGAACUCAAGUGGUUCCUUGUUCACAAAGCAGAAUCCAUUCCAGUCAAAGCCAAUGGUGGGAAAGACACACUGCCAUUCAUCCCAUGGCCAGUCCCUGUCAAAGACAAAGAAAAAAACUACUUUGAGUCCUGUGCGUUCAAACCGAGACAAUCCAAAAUCACACAGAGUGAGCCCAAAGAGCCAGCGGCAGGUUAAGAGGCAGGAUGGCCAUUGUGACACCACGGAUGGAGAGCCUGUGUUUUCAGAGAUCUGGCCUUCUACUGAAUGUGGAUCAUCCCCUAUCAGCAAUACAGCCUCCUCUGACAUGGAGGCCAAUAUAAGAAGGCAUUCUGAAGUGGAUGUCCAGCCGGAUUCAGUGCUGGCAAAGUACAUAGAACGUUUUCGCCAUGGUCAGCCACAAAGUCGGGAAGAGCGCCAACAGGAUCACCUGCCUUUCUGGUGGACCACACCUUCAUCUUUACCCCCCAGUUCAACAUCCAGUAAAUCAACGAACAGAGAUAUUAUCCCUCCUCUGAGAGACGAUCAUGGACCUGCAGUUUUCAAGCCAGCUGGACAGCGUUACAGUGACAGAAGCCCCUCCCCACAUAGAGGAUCCCUUACUAUUUUGUCAGACACUUCUCAAGGUGAUUUUGAAGACUCAGAGAUAAUACAUCUCCAGGAAAAGGCCAGCAGACUUCUGCAAAGAGGUGAAUGUACUCUCAGUGAUGGAUCUAUCCCGGUGACCUCAGCGGGUUUAGGAUCCUCAGAUUUCUCUUCUCCAGUCAGUGUAGAUGAACCUGUGCGAAGACCCUUUAUUCCUAGUUUAUUAACAUGUACAUCACAUGCAAAGACAGGCACAGACUUGGUUCAAGCUGUGACCUUCCAAAAAUCUGCUGUCAUUCCUACUUUGGCUCCCCCCAACCGCCCAGAAGAGGACAUCCUGUUCCAGUGGCGUUUACGGAGAAAGAUGGAAAAGGCCAGGGAAUCGGCCCAGACCUUUUCGCACUCCAGUCUUCACAGUUCUGCAUUUCAGUGGCAGGUCCACAAUCUCCCAGCUUCAGAACAGUCUCACAAGCAGAAACAGAGUAUUCAAACUCCUGAAUCCUCACAAAGAGCAACCUACGCACACAUGGAUGCUCCCCACUCCAAAACCAGAGAACAACCCUGUCUUACAUCACCCAAUUCCACUCCCUCCCCUGCCUUUGUUGCCUCCAGCUCUUUAAUCUCUCAUCCCCAGGCUAUAACCCAUGUUCCUGCGCACAUGCAUUUCCUCUGUGAUGUUUUACCUUGUCCUAGUCAGUCCUCUCAUGCUAACAUGCAACAAAACAUUUCACAAAGGUUAGGUCCGUCAACAAAAGUUAAGACCCCAGCUGCUCAAACUCUGGAACGGAUACACAUGUCACCUUCAGAACCAUCCUCAUCUGGAGGUAUAGAGGGAGGAUCAGCUCCCCAUCCCAAAGAGACUGAAAUGAACAUGAAAGUGAAAGCCCCAACAAAAUACUCAGAAAAGGAUAAGAGGAAGGCAGCGACAUCUACCAGAGAGCAGAAGAAAUCAACCAGAGUUCCCAAAAAGGUCAUAACGACAGUGGAGCAACAGCGACUGCAGAGAUACCUAGACUCCUCUAGUCAGAACAGCCACCAUCCACCACCACCAUCUCCAAUCCACAGUGCCUUAGGAGAGGUUGUUUCUGAAGUUUUGUUCCCUUCAACUGAUUCAUCUCCUGCUCAAAGGAGCUCUUUGUUGCCUGUCUGUCCUCCGGGAACCACCUCUGAGCCCCCACAAUCCUCAGUCUCCCUGUGCAAUACACAGAACCCAAUGGAGGUCAUUUCACAACUGCUACAAGAAGCUGAAGAUUCUGAUGAAAAGGAGUUUGAGGAUGAUCCAUUACUUCAAGUUCUUCGAAAACAGAGAAAAUGGGUGAAGGAACAGAUCAGUGAAGUGGACAUGGUGUUGCAUGGGCUCCUGGAUCAGCAACAGAUUACUUGAACUUCAUUCACACGAUGCAGUAAUUUUUAACUUUUAUAAAGAAAUAAAUUUUAUUUUUCAUUACUGAAGAAAUAUUUCCAUGUUAAAAACUCUGGA